GACAGACACACACACAAUUGACGACAUCAUUUCUUUGUAUCUGUCCGGCCCUUCAUUGCCAUAACACGAAAAAUGGCACUUGUGAGCCACGUUUGUGUGCGCUGUGCAGCCACACCCACUUCUCCAGAGUCUCCAAGCUCCGCGCCCUUGAGAGACCCAAAGCAGACCAAAGUUAUCCUUCCCAAGAAGAAGCCCGUGAAAUGGUCCACUGGGAUGGCUCCUGGGGAGUACGGUGGUCCUCCCACAACCACCAAGCUCCGCAAGUACUGGGGUGGCGAUGAUGAAGACCCUUUGGCCUCUGAUGACUAUAUGUGGAACAAAGAAUUUGUGGGUCGCUUCAAAAAGUUGAUUCAAGAUCCUCAAGCUCCACCCCCUCCUGCAAAGGAAGAGCCUUCAGGGUUUCUAAGCUUAAAUAGAGUCAUGAGCCUGGACAGUUUGGAAGUUGAUUUGAGUAAAGAACUUACAGCUCCUUUAAAUCAUAAUGCACACAAGCAAGCUGAGGCAGAAACUGAUGAGACUAGAAAUAACAGGGUAAAAUAUAGAGCAGCACCAACACGCCGGGAGCAAGAAAAAUGGAAUAGAGCUACCAAGGCUGCAACUGGGGGAAGUGAUGUGAUGUUCCGCGAAAUAAAGCAGUCUCGGGAAGAUCCUAAAGUAUUGGCUGCUCAAGCUCAAGAGCAGUAUGAUAAGUUAAAGAAGAAGUUGCAAGUCCUUACCUUGGGUAUUGGUGGUGUUGGUCUGGUUUCAGCAUACGUUUCUUACACUCCUGAGAUUGCAGCUAGUUUUGGAGCUGGUUUUCUUGGUUCUUUGGUGUACAUUCGCAUGCUGGGAAGUAGUGUGGACUCGCUAAAAACUGAUGGUGCAAAGGCUGUUGUCAAGGGAGCAAUUGGGCAGCCAAGAUUGCUGGUUCCUGUUGUUCUAGUCAUGGUCUAUAACCGCUGGAAUGCUAUUCUGGUUCCAGAAUUUGGAUAUAUGCACUUAGAAUUGAUACCAAUGCUCGUAGGCUUUUUCACAUACAAGAUUGCUACUUUUGCUCAAGCUAUAGAGGAGGCAAUUACUGUAGCUACAAGAAAGACCUGAAGAAUGCAUUGUCAUUGUAUAUGGGGUUUCUCCCACAUUUGGAGCCUAUAAAUUGUAUUUGUUUAUGCUUUUCCAUAUUUGGAUUAUUGAUACUUAUAUAUUUAGUCUACUAUCCCAUAUGCUUU